AUCAUCAGGUGACAUUCACGAAUUUAUAAAUUGAAAAAAAAAAAUUUCCAUCAACUAGAAAAAUGACUUGAAAACGGAAGAAAAAAAAUUUCAUUCAACCACUACUAACGCUAACUAUUAAAUACUGAAAAUCAAAUUUAACAACAACGAGGAUAGGCAACAACAACAAAAAAAUGCGAAAUCGAAGCAAUUCUACCGUGCGUCUUGAUUAUUAUCAACGUCUUGUGUAUAAAACUAUUCUUAUUCAUCAGAAUCCAGUUACCGGAUUACUGCCAACAGCAACUAGUCAUCCAUCAUGUUUGAAUCAUGCAUGGGUUCGUGAUAAUCUUUAUUCAAUAAUGGCUGUAUGGGCAUUAUCAAUGGCAUAUAAAAAGAAUGCCGAUUUUGAUGAAGAUCGCGCAAAAACCUAUGAAUUAGAACAAAGUUGUGUGAAAAUGAUGCGUGGCUUACUUGUUGCAAUGCUACCAAAAGAUAAAGUUGAAUCAUUCAAAGAAUCACAAUCAACAUCGGAUGCUCUGCAUGCAAAAUUCUCUGCAUCCACUAUGUUACCAGUGGUUGGUGAUCAUGAAUGGGGUCAUCUACAAUUAGAUGCUACAUCACUUUUCUUGCUGAUUCUUGCGCAAAUGACUGCAUCCGGUUUGCAGAUUAUUUUCACAUUAGAUGAAGUUGCAUUCAUACAGAAUCUUGUUUUCUAUAUUGAAUCAGCAUAUUGUAUACCAGAUUAUGGUAUUUGGGAACGUGGUGAUAAAACAAAUCAUGGCCUGCCAGAAUUGAAUGCCAGUUCCAUUGGCAUGGCAAAAGCAGCAUUAGAAGCUAUGAAUGAAUUGGAUCUUUUCGGUGGUAAGGGUGGUCCAUCGUCUGUGAUACAUGUAUUACCGGAUGAAAUACAAAAAUGUCACGCUGUUCUUGAAUCAAUGUUACCACGAGAAUCGAAUUCUAAAGAAGUGGAUGCCUCAUUAUUGUCAAUCAUAAGUUUUCCUGCAUUUGCAGUGGAAAAUCCACGAUUAAUUCAACGUACACGCGAUGAAAUUAUCGAAAAACUUGGUGGACGUUAUGGUUGUAAACGUUUCUUACGUGAUGGCCAUAAAACUGCGAUUGAAGACCCAAAUCGUCUCUAUUAUGAACCAUCCGAAUUGAAAGCAUUCGAAAACAUUGAAUGUGAAUGGCCAUUAUUUUUCUGUUAUCUUGUAAUUGAUGGUGUAUUUUCCGAUGAUCAUCAAAUGGUUACAGAAUAUUCUGAUCGUUUAGAAUCAUUAUUAGUCGAAGUGGAUGAUAUGUCACUUGUACCAGAAAUGUAUGCUGUACCAAGUCAUCUAGUCGAAGCGGAAUAUCGUCAACCACAUUCCCAGGAUCGUCUAGUAGCAGGUGGUUGUCCAUUUAUGUGGAGUCAAUCAUUAUAUAUUGUUGGUAAAUUACUGCAAGAAGGUUUUAUUGCACCAAGUGAAUUGGAUCCAUUGAAUAGGCGAUUCUCAAUGUGGAAAAAACCAGAUAUCGUCGUACAGAUUGUUGUAUUGGCUGAAGAUGAAAAAGUCCAAGAAUGUAUGGCACAAUAUGAUAUUCAUGUACAAACCAUCAAUGAAGUUGCGCCUAUUGAAGUACAAACAGCUGAAACAUUAGGACAUUUAUAUUCAUACCUGGGUAAGAAUGAAAAACUUGGUCUUUCUGGUCGUUGUUCACGUGAAGUUGGAAUUCUUUCAACAAGUAAACUGUAUUCCUUAUUGGAUAAAGUUUUCGUUUUCACGCCGCAAGCAUUGGAUCGAUGGAAUUUCUACACAGUGAAUGAUGUUAAUCUAUUGGCCAGUAAUUUUCGUCAAAGUGUUUACAUGCUAAAAAGUAAUUGGCGUGAAUUAGGUCGUCCAACAUUGACGAUAAUAUUGUAUAGACAAUUCAUGGAAAAUGAUCGUCCACCACCAGCAAUUAUAUCGACAUUUAAAAAGAUUAAAAGUGGCUACCUAAAUGGUACUCGUGUUGUUUAUGGAAAUCUGGCCGAUUUUCUCAGUACUUCGUGUAUAACGAAUCUGAGUUUUUUAGCCAAUAUUGAACAAGGUGUACCAGAUCAAUCGAAUCCAAUGGUACGAUCAUUUCUAGAACGGCAGCUAAGUAAACCAUUCUCACCAUUAGUCAAACUGCGACGACAAUCAUCGGGUAAACGAAAAAUGAGUGUUCGUUCAAGAAAAUCGGCCAUUACCGGCAUUAUAAAACGUACGCGUUCAAUUCAAAUUGAUCAAUAUGAUCCAGAAUUACAAAAAUUACGCAACACAUACGAAGCACGUAGCCAAGAUUCGAAUGUAUCAUCAUCAUCACCACCACCACCACCAACAACAGCAACAACAACAACACAGAUGGAUGAAACAAUAUCUGAACCAUUCACAAAUGUUAUCCAAAAUAGUGGCAGCAUUGAAGAUAAUAAGCAAAAUGAUGAUGAAUCAAUGUUGGCGAUGUCGAUGGAUCAAUCUGGUUUAGAUCGAUCACAUUUAAAUAAAUUGAAUAAAUUGUCCGAUCUAACAAUAAAUGAACAUCUGACUGAUGAAGAAUUGAUGAAUAUGUAUAAAGAAUCCGAGAUUCUUGAAGAACAAGCUGAUAUUUUACAUUAUUUGUUUUAUAAUAAAAAUCUAGAUUGGAAAACCGGAAUCAUAUCGAAUAAUCAGAUAAUGACAUUACGUGAUCUAAUGAAAGAUGUUUAUGAAAAAGCAUGUACGGAUAAAAAAUGGGCAUUAGUACGGCAUUCAGCCGGAAUGCUCGGUAAACAAGGUGAAGAUUUAGCCAAAUCUGUUGCUGAUUUAAUUGUUAGACAAAAACAAAUAACGAUUGGUAUGCCACCACAUUAUGAACAUGCAAUUACAAGGCCAUUACCGAUAAAAGAGUUACGACAAAUUAUUGAUCAAGCACAUUGUCGUGAUCAAAGUACAGCAAUGUUGACACAUGAAUUAAUCAUUUAUCUAUCCAUGUUUAUACGUACGGAACCACAUUUAUUCGUGGAAAUGUUACGUCUACGGAUUGGAUUGAUUAUCCAGGUGAUGGCAUCAGAAUUGGCACGUGCAUUAAUGUGUGAUGGUGUUGAAGCAUCGGAACAUUUAUUGAAUUUAAGUCCAUAUGAAAUGAAAACACUUUUACAUCAUAUAAUCAGUGGAAAAGAAUUUACCAUUCGUAGUGCUCGAAGUGGUCGAAUAUCGAUUAUAAAUGAUCGAAUGUUAAGCCGUCGAAGUAUCAUAACGGAUGAUGGUGAUGAUUGUAUCGAUAAUAGUAAUAAUGCUGCUGCUGGUAGCAGUUCUGCCGCUGGUGAUCAACUUGGAUUCGAAUCUGAUCGUCAUGGUCAAUGGUUACGUCGUCGACGGCUAGAUGGUGCAUUGAAUCGUGUUCCGAUUGGAUUCUAUUCAAAAGUGUGGAAUUUAUUGGAAAAGUGUCAAGGAAUUGCUAUUGAAGGACGAAUAUUAAUGAAUCAAUUAACAAGAGAAAUGACGGCAGGUGAAUUGAAAUUUGCCUUACAAGCUGAACAAGUUUUAAAUUCUGUACCACAGCCUGAAUAUCGACAGUUAAUUGUUGAAGCAUUGAUGAUAUUGACAAUGUUGGUGGAAAAUAUGCCUGAUAUAAAUUUGGAAAAAGUUAUUAAUGUUGAACAAUUAGUACAACGGGCAAAUCAAAUAUUUCUCAAUGAUCAAGCUGAAUGUGGUGGUGAUGCCAUCCUGUGCUGUGCUGCAUCACGUAAUCAUAAUGGUGAUGAAAACAAUGGUGAACAAUCAAUGGGUUAUGAUUGUGCCGGUGCGGCACAAAUUUGUCAACAUUUUUAUGAUAAUGCACCAAGCGGUAAUUAUGGUACAAUGAUCUAUCUAAUACGUUCGACAAUUGAGUCAUUCGAAAAUUGUUUCGAUGUCAAUCAUGAUUCAUUGGAUUGUAAAAUUCAAUGAGAGAAAAUGAAAUCGAGAUUUUUGUUUUUGUUUUUGAGCAGUAACGAGAAAAAAAACCCUCCACUAUAGCCACAAUCUCAUUUCCUCUCUACUAAAGCCCGGAUUUUUUUUCUCUCUCCCGGUGAAAAGUAAAUAACCAUUGUAAAAAAAAUGUUAUAAAAAGCAGUUUUUUUUAGCCAUAUGCCGGCCCCGGUGUUCAUCAAUAAUAAGAUGAUGAUGAUGAUGA